CUGGGUACAAUUAUUAAAGAUGGAAUUAUUAUUUUUAGAGUUAUUAUUAUAUUAUUACAUUUGGCGCUGGCAGCAAUAACAAUCGAGAGGCUGUUGUUUGCGGCUAUGUCAGAAUUUUUUCAGGUCCUUUUCGACAUGCUUACCUCCCAAAAUCACGUUUCAGCAGCCGUGCUAUGUGAUUUUGUUCCUUGCGUAACAUGAUCGCAGACUCUGCCCCUCCUUGUUUUUUUUAUGGUUUAAGGGAGCAGCGACAGCACCACCCACCCGCUCCCUCUCUGCCACCCUUCCUCUCAUUCUGCACAGACAGGCGGGCUGAGCGGCGGCGGCACAUAACGUUACAAGGCGCUGCGUGAGGACAAACACCGUCGCAUUGGAAUGAGCUGUCACGGGAAUCCCCUCGGAGCCUUCCUCCUCUUCAGGCUGAAAACGUGAGAAGAAGACGAUAAAGGGUUCUGCAGCAUCAGUCGGACAUCAGCUCUGCGGAAAGGAGCUCAGAAAAAAAUAAAUAAAAACAAGAGGAUCUUCUCCUGCAGCUGCAACAGCCUCUCCUCUCUCUGUGGACCCCUGUCCCGGAGAAUACUCCCAUCCACAUACCGAGCAUAUCCGUCCAUCACCGCGCGUCAAGGGAGCAGUGAAAAAAGCCAACAGAGGGAGAGGACGGUGGGAGGUAGCUGUGUAGGAUAAGAGCGAGCGCCCCAAAGUCAGAGGGAGAGCGGGGGUGGGGAGGAGAGGAUGGAGGCCCUGCUUCCUGUGCUGAAGAGUCACCCAGGCCCGUCAGUGCUGGUGUGCUCUCUGUUUUUCAGGGUGGCCCACCGGCUUCUCCAAAGGCUGCCCGUGCCCAAGGUGGUGAGGCAGGAUGACUUCCGCUCCUGGAGGUGGAGGAACCUCUCUGUCUCCCUGGUGCACUCCCUGUUGACCGGGGCAUGGGCCCUGACAUGUGUUGUGGUCUGGCCUGAGACGCUGAGCAACAUCCACUCCUACCACACUCCUCUGUCCUACCUGCUCGUCUGCGUCUCAACAGGAUACUUUGUGCAAGACGCUGGUGAUAUUAUCCUGACGGGACAUGCAAGAGGAUCAUGGGAAUUCUUACUCCAUCAUGCACUGGUGAUUUGGUGUUUCCUGUACACCCUCUACACUCAGCUGUAUGUAGCUGGCGCUGUAAUCGCUCUCUUUGUGGAGGUCAACAGUGUCACUCUGCACCUACGGCUGAUGCUGAAACUGGCCGGUGCUCAGUCCUCCCCCAUGUACCACAUCAACAAACUUGCCAACCUCUUCACCUACAUCAUGUUCCGUCUGAGCACCCAGUUCUACCUCACCUGGUACAUCAUCCACAAUUACUCCUGGCUGGACCACGGUGGAUACUUUCUCGUCACCAUGAUGGUGAUGAAUAUCAUGAUCCUGAUUUAUUUCUACCGCCUGCUCCGCGCUGACUUCCUCCCCCGGAGUAAGAGCUAUGUGGGACAGAACGGGACGCAUAACAACAACUCCAAAAAGUUUCUCAGCGAUUGACUGGGGAAGGUUUACAGGACAAUAUUAUGUUUUAAUUUAGGUUUGGAGUUUACACAUUUUUGUCUUUUUUCAAACCGCAACUGACGACAUUCCUCGUGACGACAGGUUCCCUUGUUGUGUAUCACUGCCAAAGAACAAUCCCCCCAAAAAUUUAUAUGGUGGAACACGGUGCGGCCUUGUUCAGGUCCUGCUAUCCAGAGAUGUUGUAAAGAAAAUUGGCUUUUAACAGGGAAAAAUACAAAGCACCACUGCUUUAACUGAAGCCAAAAUUCCAAGUGUAAUUCUCGUGACAUUUCUCAAACCACUGAGACGUUACCACUUUUAGCACAUUUAAAGCUGAUUUUCAGUAUCAUAUAACCUUUAGGGAAUAGGUUGAUAUUUUGGGAAAAAAAAGUUUGUGGCUCUCUUUACAAGCAUUAGAUGAAAAGACUGAUAACCACUCUCCUGUUUGUAUAGCAAAUACAAAGCCAUAGCCAGCAGUCGCUUAGGUUAGCUUUAAGACCGGGAAAAGCUGACUGAUGGUUUAACUGCAGAGAUGGACAUUAGGGUUUAAAAUAUGGUCCUGGCUCAAUAUAGCACAAUAUUUUCAGAAAAUUUCAGCUUUUAAGCACCAGUAACAAAGGACUUUGGCUGAUGUGAGACAUCUACAUUUCCUUUCUCUUGCAGGCACUUAUGUGCUGUUUUUUUUUAAGUCUCUUGGGAUCAGUUUUGCAAGAAAGGCAUAGCCAAAAUGACAAUGUAGAAUAGCUACACAUAGCCACAUAAGGGCACACGUCAUUACUUUACAACAAUAACAUAUACCACAACAAACCAAGAUCUGAGAAACAUGCAAGAGAGAUAAAACUGGACUAUUUAAAAUAAUUAAAUUCUUUGCGAAACAUUUUUUUGAAAGUGAUGUUUUGUCCAAUACGAAGGCCACAUUACCAAUUUCAACUUGGGUGCAGCAUUCGCAUACAGGUACAAGAUACAAGAGCGGUAUUAAUCUUCUCUUUUAACUCAGCAAGAAAGGGACAAAUAUUUUUUUUUAAGUCAAACUAUCUUUAAUCCAUCAACAACAACAAAAAAAAAAAAACCUGUGUGAUUAAUAGCUCAACACGUACAUUUGAAAUGUGAAAUUGCAUUUAGCAUUUACUAACAGCCUCAGCUGACAACCUAGCUAUAUGUUGCUGUAUAUCUUUAACAUUUGCAUGGGGAACAGUGUUUUUAUGUCAGGAACACUUAAAUCUCAACCAGUUUUCUCUCCUUGGGAACCACCGAGAGGGAUUUUCUGACACUGGACUUUGAAUCUUAGCAGCAGCAGACUCACAUUUUAAUAAUAUGUGUAUAUACAGUGCGUCCUCUCCUUUUGUCUAUAUGACGCCAUUUGUGGCUGAGGAGACACUGGACUGCGGCUGAACUGGUAAAUAUUGUUGUAAAGGACCAAUUGAACUGAUAACACACAUCACUACAGGACAAUUAAGAAUUUCUCAUGUGAAAUCUGUUGGUAUUUGACACAAGUGGAGCUGAAGCUGGAUCUUCCUGCCAAUUAACAGUCUGAAAAUUUUGCUCAUCAGGAAGUGGGCACCACGAGAAACCCUUCAUAAUGAGCAGGCAGCAGCACAAUCAGUACUGAUACUGCAGUGCGAGUAGUUAGACCUUAUGUGGAGUGAUAGAAAUAUAUCCUCACAGUGUGUAUCUUAUUUGCUCGUUUGCAAAAUAAUAGUACAAUGAUAGAAUAGAUUCCUUUUUUAAGACAUUGAAUGAUUCAGAUGAAGAUGUGUCUCCUCUUCCUCUUCCUUUCAUCAAAAAUGGAUAUACUGCAUUUUGUAAAUAUGUCCUCAAAUGUGCAUUCCUUUUUUGAUAUAUUUCAAUGGAUAACACAAGAACAAGCCGUCGACCAUUAGUGGACUUUAAAUACUAAUUUCCUAAUCAUGCUAUAAAUCGUGAGUGCUGACAGUGUCAUUUAAAAACCUAAUGAUCAGUACAUUUCAUUUUCUAUUUCAGCCAACACCAAGAAAAUCAGACAUGGUCAGUGUAGAUGUGUCUGACCUGUGCUAUAGUGCCUUCACCACAGUGCCUUUUCAAAAAUAAGGACAAAGUCGAGAUAGAGAUGGUGUAUAAAUAAGAAAGUAUAGAUACAGUAUAGAAUGAUAUCUGUAUGUGCUUUUGUAAAAGCAGAGAGAUUUUUGAGGCAAACUCAUAUUAAAUCCAUUUGACCCAUGACCACAAUAAUGUAUAAUGUAUCAUGUAUUACAGUGACAACUGUUUUUUAGGAGCCCUGUAUUUUGGAUUGUUGAGUGAUACCAUGAAUUAAAAAAGUAUUUAAAAGCA